AAUCAAAUCAACUGAUGAAUUGUCCAAAGCAUGUGCCCUUCUGAUUGCAACAUUUUUUUUGGUAAAAGUUCAAGCUAAAUUUACUUGUUUGCCUGUUAUCAUCGUAAAAAUUCACUGAUGGUAUAAAUUUUAGUUUACUGAACCAUGUAACUAGUUAAAACUUUCGAUUUUUAUGGGAUGGAAGAAGUCAUAAUUUAUGUUGCUCUUCUUAGUUGUUACUAUAACUGAUGGGUUCUUUAAUCAGACAAAGCUCAUUGAUCUCAAGGAAAGCUAACAUGGCAACAGAUAGCCGCAAUUGGCAUUCGCUUUUAGACUCUGACCAAUGGGUUGCCCUCCCAGUAGCUGGGCGACGACCAUCAGCUCGCUAUAAGCAUGCUGCAGUUGUUGUUGAUGAGAAGCUUUACAUUGUUGGUGGAAGUCGUAACGGGCGAUACUUAUCUGAUGUGCAGGCAUUCGAUCUGAAAAGUUUAAGCUGGUCAACUAUUAAACUAAGCACAAAAUUAGAAGCUGAAAAUGAUAAAGAUAGUACACUACUGGAAAAUUUCCCUGCUAUAUCUGGUCAUAGUAUGGUUAAGUGGGGAAACACACUCCUCUUCCUUGGUGGUCACUCAAAGGAUACCUAUGAUAAUGUGACAGUGCGUUUCUUUGAUCUUGAGUCACACAUGUGGGGGGUGAUGGAGGCCACAGGAAAAGUUCCGGUAGCUCGUGGUGGACAAUCUGUUUCAUUGGUUGGUUCGAAACUCAUAAUGUUUGGUGGAGAGGACAAACAUAGAAGACUUAUGAAUGAUGUUCACGUUCUUGAUCUAACGACUAUGACUUGGAAUGUUGCUGAGACUAUACAGACUCCUCCAGCUCCCAGAUUUGAUCAUACUGCCGCAGUGCAUGCGGACCGCUACCUGCAAAUAUUUGGUGGCUGUUCUCAUUCAAUUUUCUUCAAUGAUCUGCACGUGCUGGAUUUGGAGACUUUAGAAUGGUCCCAACCGCAGAUUCAAGGGGAUGUGGUGUCUCCUAGGGCAGGCCAUGCCGGGGUAUCUAUCGAUGAAAAGUGGUUUAUGGUUGGCGGUGGCGAUAAUAGAAGUGGUGCCUCGGAAACAUUGGUGAUGGAUAUGCCCAAGCUUGCCAUCUCAGUUUUGACAAAUGUGAAGGGAAGAGAUCCACUCGCCAGUGAGGGGCUCUCUGUAUCAGCAGCAUUAAUAGACGAUGAGCAGUUUUUGGUUGCUUUUGGGGGCUAUAAUGGGAAAUACAACAAUGAGGUAUUUGUGAUGAGGCCUAAACCAAAAGAUUCCAAACAACCAAAGAUCUUUCAGUCACCAGCAGCUGCAGCUGCAGCAGCUUCUGUAACUGCUGCAUAUGCCCUAGCCAAGUCUGAAAGCUUAGACUUCUCAACUAUCGAGCAUUCAAAACCUAAAGUGGAUCUCUCAGUUGAAGUUGGUGUGCUCAAAGGAGAGAAGAAAAUGUUGGAAUCGUCCAUUGCCGAGGUCAAAACAGAAAAUUCUGCUCUGAUGGAAAAGCUUGUGGAAUGUAAUGGUACUCGUGUAGACUUAACCAAGGAAUUGCAUUCGGUUCAAGGACAACUGGCUUCUGAGAAAUCAAGAUGUGCUGAUCUGGAGGCACAGAUCUUGGAGCUGCAGAAGAUGCUAUCAUCAAUGCAGUCAAUUGAGCAAGAGGUUCAAACACUGCGCUCGCAAAAAUCAGCAAUCGAGCAGGACAUGGAGCUUGCUGCAACUGACCAAAGACAGGGUUCAGGUGGAGUUUGGAGGUGGAUAUCUGGAUAGAUUGGUGAUAUGAAACGGAUCAACUUGCAAGUUUAGCACCUUAAAGACCAAAUAUUUCAUUCAAUAUAAGUCGGAUACUCCCAAUACACUGCUUUCUUUUGAAUGUUUCAAAAUUCAAGAAAGAGCUUCACCAUUUUGUGACCAUGUAAUGGUAAUUUCUUUUCAAGUUUGAAAUCUCUUCAUUUUUUCCGGAUCACAACUCUGUGCAUUUGAUAUUAUUCAAUUAAUUGACUUGUUCAAAGAGAAUGGCAGAAUGAUCUGACCAUGCUUUCUU